AUAAUGUAUAUGCAAAAUACAAGGUGUUCGUAAAGUUUGAUCUAUACUGCUAAAAGUAAAAUACCUACAUUGAAAACAACUGCGACUACCGACGAAAGAGAUAGAUAUAGGUCAUAUAGGUAAUAACGUUAUAUAGUCCAUUCUAAUUUGAAAAAACCACAAUUGUAUAUCACGUUGUGCGGUAUGUAAUACAUAGCAGUGGAGAUUUUAAAUAAAAUUUGGGGAGGGUGUGCUGCGAUGACGACCCUCGUACGUGACUACUGCAUUGUUGCAGUGUUAUAUUUAUAGACGGCGACUAAUAUGAGUCUUAUAUGAACGCUAUUCUUAUUAUUAUUUUUUUAAUAAUUUGGAUUUAUUGCAAGCCCGUUUUUGACCACACGCGCGUCGACUCAGAUUUCAGCCCUUCUUUUGCAAGGCCGUGGUGUGUAUCUUGUUCGGACACCCUGUAUAUGCAUUCCUGUACAGUGCAUACCCACACGCACGCUGCACGCACACAAGCGCAAGCAUACACAACACGCGCCCGCCGGUAUACACGCGCAUCGAGACGGCGUUGCACCACGGUGACGCGACGCACCGAAAAGCGCGUGCACCGCCGUCGAUUACUGGCCCCGCGGCGUGCACCGGCGGACCCGCGCACACAACGUCCGGACGGGCGACGGCGGUGAAUCGUCGUUUGCAGCGGCGGCAGCGGCCAGGCGCCGGGACGACGGUGCGAAAACCCGAAAACCGUCAAGUCGGUCGCCGCCAGUGUCGACACGCACAACAUGGACGUCUUCUCAAAAGCUGGUCUGCUUCCGAAAAAACACCAUCGAUGCAUAUCGUUGGAAAGCGGCCAAUCGUCGACAAAAAAAUCAUGUCUACAGAAAACACCAUCGGACACGCCGAGAUUCUUUCCGCGGCGGUACUCGACGCCAGAGCUAGCAAUGAGAAAACACGCGCUCAGAUGUCAACGCGACGACAGUAUCCCGCCCGUACAACCGAUAUCGAAUAAAUCGUGUCAGACCGACAUAUUAGGAUUGGACAAAUACUUGCAAAGGCCGGGUAAAGCGAGCCCGCAACACGAGUCGGCAGCCGACUCGGAAGAAGCGGCUGCGGCGGUGCUGAGGGCGUAUAAAAAGCCAUCGAAAAGGCCAAAGGUGCGGUCGGUGGCUGUACACUGCGAGCGACGGCGCCUAUCGUUUGCGGCGUUUAAAGGUUGCCAAAAGUUCAAGCACGUGUACAAGCGCAAGAUAUCGUUGCCGCAACCGUCGUCGGCGACCACCUCGACGGACGAAGGCCGACGUCGGGACAGCGGCGUUUUGCCGAAACUGCGACCGGACCGGACAACGGAGUCAGAAAUACGACCCGUGGCUGCCAACAAGGUCAGCGCGGCCGUCAAACUGCCCAGGAUACCGACUAGGGACGCACGACCGGAAGCGGACAGACCCGUCGACGGCGUAAGGACAAGACUGGCCAAACUAACCAGACCGCAGUCGACAGGCAGUAGCGGCGACGGUAGCGGUGACCGGAAAUUGGUGUCCGCAUACUUCCGGGCCAGAUCGGCUCCGAAGAUCUAUUCUCCGAGGUUUCACGACGCGCCGCCGCAGCUGUCGGAUCGCGAACCGCAAUCUACAGCCGGGUCCAGCGACACGGCGGACACCACGCUCGACAUGUCGUUUGACCAACAACAGCCGGUCAACGCUGAGGCCACGUCUGCGAUUACGGCCACUACGGCGGCCGGUACGAGGACCGUGUCCACAUCCACCAGUUUCGCCGAACCCGGUUUCCCGAUAGUGUUCAGCUGCGAGAGCGUUCUCCGGCACCCGUUGGACGGUGGUUACGUGUCACACACCGAGAGCCAUAGAUUUAGCGUGCACUACGUGCCAGCCGACGACGCCCGGUCAUCGGUAACGACCACCUGUGACACCGAUGCUGACGGUGGCACGUCGUUGGUGUUCACGUCAGCCGGCGCAUGUCAACGCGAACAGUGCCUGACCGGCGAAUCGGUAUCCGUCACAUUAGGUGGAAAACCUGCAGACGGUUCGGCGACAUCCACGUCCACUACUAACGUGGCCGGCGAACGGCGUUUGAUCGUCGAACGAUGCACCGACUUACGCCAAUCGAAAAACACAACCACCGACUAUAGUACGGGCAAGACGACCACCGACCGUAGUACUAGAGAGACGGCUACCAGUCGUGUAACCAGCGAAAUGGCCAAUGACCGCUGUACCGGUGAAAUCACGGCCACCGACGACGACCGUCCAACCGUUAGUGAACCACCACCGUCACCACCGUCAUCGCCGUCGUCGACUUCGUCUCCUUCGUCGUUUUCGUCAGUUCGCUACUGUUGGCCAACAUCCGGAAAUGCGACGAACGGGAGAGUCGAAAAGCUCCAAGAAAACACCCAGCACGAUGCCGUACAAAAGACCGAAGGAUUUCACGUUUUGGGAAAAGGAGACGGCACCAACGCGUUUGAAAAAGCUGUACAGCCGACGGCAGUCAAUAAAACUAUUGAUACUUUGGAAGAAACCGACAAGGGGGUGGUGGGUGCCGAGCUGGAAUUGCACGCACGCACGGAUGACGACGACGACGACAUGCCAUUACAAUCCGACGAGCGAAAUUAUGAGCAGUUGACACAAAACCAUCAAAUAAUAGAAUCCGGCCGUACCUUUUCGAAUCAGUCGCCGAAACCCGACGACACGGAAUCGGUGUUGGUAGGUCGACAAAACGAUUUGGGACCAAUCGAAAACGAUAAUACACACGCAAACGUCACCGAGUCUAUUGCAGAACAUUGUACGACAAACGCCGAACUCAUUGCUCAACAGCUACCAAUUUCCAACAACUAUCUCACCGUUCCAUCGGAUCGUCAUCUGCAGUCGGACGAAGAUACGACAGUAGCAGAGAUCAUGGAGUCACGGCGUCGAAACGAGAUGCAACGCUCUAAUCCAACAUCCGAAUCGUCUGGAAGACGUACAGUUGCGGGUGCAGUAGACAAAAAUCGAGCAGGUUAUCGCGAAAACGGACAAUCGAACGACCAACAAUUCGAUUCCAAAAAGCGCAACAUGCCCAACAGACUCUAUGACAACAUGAGCCGUAAACGAGAUGACGACCAAGACCCCGAUUCUUAUAACGCCACACGUCGUCCGCUGCAUGAGUCGUCGUCGCGCCCAACACCUGCACAGCACUCGAACGCAGCUGAUCGCAGAUCUACGACGAACAACUCGACGGAGAUGACAGCGAUGUCUAAGAAAGCGAUGAACGACCACCAACAUGGCUACGAACCAUUCGGAAAACGGAUUGCGAACGGAUUUCAGGACGACAACAGGCGUGCUGUUCGUGAGCGGGACUUGUCGACGAACCCCUGUCAGGGAUGCGCCAAUAAUGAAGAUACGAAAAAAAACGCGACGAUGAGGUCCGAUGUCUACGGCGGCGGUAAUGACCGCGAUGGCGGUCACUCCUUCGACACCGGGAAAAAUCGGCACCCGGUGUCCAAAAGGAGGUUGGAGUCAGUGGACGAGGUGACUGAAACUUCGAAGCAGCAUGAGUCCAACUAUGCGGGAGGGUAUCUGUUCGGCAACACGUUCAACCGCAACAAGAAACCUACGCAAAAUUACGGUGAACACGCCGAGUACGGUGGAUAUUACGAUAACAGUUCAAAAAAAGUCAAUUUCUCGUCAAAACCCGACCGCCGGUACGAUUACUAUCGCAGCGAGCACGUCCCUAAGACUAGCGGACACAGUCCCAGGGAUGAGGAUUGCACAGUUUUCGCAGACCAUGGGUCUUGUCACAACUCAGCGCCGCAGCUUCCUUACUACUCGCACCUAGACUUCAAAGACACGUACGGCCGCGACGAUAGAAAAUGUAUUGCGGACGUCACCGACGACUAUGACGAUGAUGAUGACGACGAGAGUCUCACCGACAGUCUGGAGGACGGAUGUAAGUACGAGGGAUCGGCUAUAUCAUAUUUCUUAGCACUCGACGGCCAAAAGUCAGCGGUCACGUUCACCCUGAAGAUGCCUGGCACGCUAGAGAGCCGACUUAACCGGCGCCACAGUCAGCUCAAGAAACACCUGCACGUGUCAACGGCGGUCCGAAAGUCAGCUGGAGCGGUCCGGGUCCGCACCCGACACAAAGGAUGCCAAACGCUGUGGACCGUCGAGAAGGGGGUACAGGUGCAGAGGGGCUCCACGGCCAAUGCGGACGACCAUAGGGCGCUGGUGACGCUAUUGGCCGGGUUGGGGCGCAACCACGUGUCUGAAAACCAGAUCCGAUUGGUCGGUGGUCGGAAAAUGGUGUCAGAGGGCAACCAGACGGAACAGCCACCCGCGAAUCGGUACACGCAGACAACUAGAGACGUGGCGGCGGGACGAGAAACACCCGAAAGCGGCGUGACGGCGCCCGGUAGAAAGGGCAAGAAUCAGACGCUGUCAAUGAAAAAAUUUUCCGCUGAUAAAGCUCUGAUGGUGGGUGUAGUCAGGCAGAACAAGCACUGUAAAGGAAAGGAAGCAUUGGAAGGCGCCAAAAACGACCAACUGCUCACACUGUCCAAGGGUUGGAUAAACUUUUAUACGCUCAAGGACGACAAUGCGGACGCAGAAGCACAAGUAGAAUUGAACGAUAACGACGAUGAUCUCAAAACCGAAGACGAAAGUCAACAAUACACUGUACACGUACAAGCCAUCCCGGAACCCUCGGUGACAUUGCCUGUAGUGCACGUUCCUAAUCGCAAUAACACUCUGCAAUUGCCAAAGACGUCUAGUACUACAGCCAAACAUUUGCCGAAACUUGUGCAGACUGAAACUAAUAAUAAUCAUCAGUGUCCAACGCAUUUAGUAAACGCAAACGGUUGGUGUGUAAGUGUGGAUGGUCCUAACAACAUGCACAUGAAGGUUUCAUUACUACCAGAUAAGGCAGGCAUCAAAACAUCUGAACAAUUUGACCCAAAUGACGAAAAUAAACUUGAAGCUAGAAGAUUAGCUUUACAAAGGAAGACAAACUAUAUGCGUAAACCUUAUAGAAAUAUUAAAAGAACACAGUCAACGCCUAGAGACAUGUUUUCUGCAGACGUCUCACGAACUGAGUCUGCUUUGUCAGCUGAGAGCAAAUACAUUGAAACAAUUGACACACAACUACUAAUCCACAAGGCUCGAAGGCGGUUAAGUCAAGAAUGGGACACAAGAGUUCAGAAUAGAGGUUUAACUGAAUCAGUUCAAUUAGUCGUUACUGGGGAUUCAGUUUCCAGUAGAACAUCUCAACAUUAUGCGACUGGAGGACAUCAGCAUUGCUCAUUUAGACGACAAUCAAGAAGAAUUUAGUAUUACGUUU